AUGAGGGAGUUUUCAGAUUGCAUCGAGGACCUGGACCUAAUUGAUCUACAGCUAAGCGGUGGAAAGUAUACCUGGUAUAGAGGGGAUAGUCAUACAACUGCAUCAAGAAUAGACAGGAUAAUGACUACACUGCAAAGAGUGACCUCUGAUCAUGUCCCAAUAGCUCUGCUUUGUGGACACUGGGAGCAAUCUAAUUCCUACUUCAAGUUUGAAAAUUGGUGGUUGAAUCAAGAAGGUUUUGCUGAAAGAGUCAAGAAUUGGUGGAGUGAAUUUGAAUUUUAUGGGAAGCCAGACUACAUCUUAGCAGACAAUAACAAUCUUCUCAAUCAGAUGGCUAUGCUAGAAUCUCAGUUGAAUAUUAGAGCCUUGACAGAGGAGGAAAUCGCCAAGAAAGCAACACUGUUUAUGAAGUAUGAGAGGUGUUUAAAGAAUGAAGAAGUGGCCUGGAGACAAAGAUCAAGGACCUUAUGGCUCAAGGGAAGGGAUAGAAAUACAAAGUUUUUCUAUCAAACUGCUAAUGUCCACAAAAGAUAUAAUCACAUUGAUCAAUUGGAAGUGCAGGGAGAGACGAUAACUGAUCCUAAUAGAAUUAAGGAGGAAGUCAUAUCCUUCUACAAGAAGACUGGAGGCCUUCUCAAAAUAUUAACAAUCAUCCUACCAUCACAGUGGAUGAGAAAGAGGCAGUGCGGGCAACAUUUGAGGAGCAAGAAGUUUUUGAGUGCUUAA